GAUUAGUGCACCGCUUCCUCUGUUGUUCUGUCGUGAUGCUAAGCUUUUAGAAUUAUUUCUUUAAAUAGAAAACAGUUUUUGAAUCGGUAAGUAAAUACCUGUAAUAGUCUAUUAUCCCCGUAGUCUUGACUACGUUCUGAAGCAAGCAGGAAUAUCUGGAGGAUUAUCAUCUGAAUUGAGAUCUGCUGCUGUGAAGAUGGAGUUGGUUAAAGAAGAGAGUGAAGAAAAUACAAGUGAACCAGAAACCUGGAGAAUAAAACACGAGGAACCAGAAACCUGGAGAAUAACACACGAGGAACCAGAAACAUGGAGAAUAAAUUAUGAGGAACCAGAAACCUUGAGAAUAAAACGCGAGGAACCAGAAACCUGGAGAAUUAAACAGGAGGAACAAGAAGAGUUUAUUGAAGAAAGUGAGGAGAACGAAGAAUUAAAUGAAGUUCAGGAGAAGAAUCAUGCCAAAACUUCAGAAAAACAUUUGAGUUGCUCUCAAACCAAACAGAAAGAUUUAAAGACAAGAGGAGCCAAGAAAUUUUUCACCUGCACUCAGUGUGGAAAGAGUUUGACAUGCAAAUAUAAUCUUGAUGUUCACUUGAGAGUUCAUACAGGAGAGAAACCAUUCACUUGUGAUCAGUGCGGGAAGUGUUUCACACAAUCGUUAAGCCUUAAGGUACAUAUGAAAAUCCACACUGGAGAGAAAGAGUACAAGUGUUCACAAUGUGACGAGAGAUUCAGUCGGUCAGGAAGUCUGAAAACACAUGAGAUGAUCCACACUGGAGAGAAAUCUUUCACUUGUGAUCAGCGCGACAAGAGAUUCAGUCGGUCAGGAAACCUGAAUAAACACAAGUUAAUCCACACUGGAGAGAAACCACACACAUGUGGUCAGUGUGGGAAUAGUUUUACAAAAAAAUCUAACCUUUUGACACAUAUGAGAGUUCAUACAGGAGAGAAACUUUUCUUCUGUAAUCUAUGUGGAAGGAGUUUUUCACUUUUAACUCACCUUAAGCAGCACAUGAACACCCACACUGGAGAGAAACCUUUCAAGUGUUCACACUGUGACAAGAGAUUCAGUCAGUCAGGAAACCUGAAGAAACACAAGUUAAUCCACACUGGAGUGAAACCGUACACAUGUGGUCAGUGCGGGAAGAGUUUUACACACAAAGGAAACCUUAUGACACAUAUGAAAGUUCAUACAGGAGAGAAGCUGUUUAUAUGUUAUCAAUGUGGAAAGAGUUUUUCAUUCUUAGCAAACCUUAAGGUACACAUGUACAUCCACACUGGAGAGAAACCUUUUAAGUGUUCACACUGUGACAAGAGAUUCAGUCAUCCAGGAGACCUGAAGAAACAUGAGAGGAUCCACACUGGGGAGAAACCUUUUAAGUGUUCACACUGUGACAAGAAAUUCAGUCAGUCAGCAAACCUGAAGAAACAUGAGAGGAUCCACACUGGAGAGAAACCGUAUUACUGCACUGAAUGUGGGAAGUGUUUCAAUCAAUUAUCUUCUCUACACAGUCAUACAAAAAACAUUCACAAAAAACACAGUAAGUAGAUCAUCUUCAGAUCCAGCACUUUCAGAUCUGAUGCUGCCUUGUCAUCAAACUUGAAACGGUAAUGCAUUAAGCAGUAUCAUCUGGAUUAAUCUGUUUCUAACCAGUCGUUCCGAGUGAUAUGACAAAGAAACAUCUAAAGUUAUCACAGUGAAUCAAGUUAUCAGAGUGAAUAAAGUUAAUCUUCAAAACCAGCAGAUGAACUCUGAGAUUCAGUUCAACUCAAAGAUGGAGAUCCUUCCCAAAGAACAAUGUCAAAAUAUUUUAUUAUUGCGUAUCAUUUUGCUGCAUGAUAUUAAUGAUAUCACUGUUUUUUUAUGAGUUUCAUGUUAUGGUCAAUUAUCUUAUAAUGCAUGUGUGUCACUUGUGGUUUGCUUACUCUUUCAUGAAUUAAUGGAGAUUUUCACAAAUUGUUCUUGAUCAGGAAGCUGAAAAAGAGACUAUAACACUUUAAGAGAGACUGAGAUUAUUUUUUUAAAUUGUUCUUGGUUAUUUUUAAAAUGACUGAGUUAUUCUGCUUAAUAUGUAUUUUGGAAAUGCAAAUGCAAGAAAAACUGUCAUGUAGACUUGUGAUUGCUCCUUCUUUGCUUCUCUUGUAAGUAGGAAUGGAAACCUAAACCCGGUUUUAAAGGAGUCCUGGGGCUAAAUUACAAAAGACUGUAGUAAUGAUAAGCUCUAUUGCUAACUGUUCUACUUUUGAUGCUGGGUAUAUAAAAAAAAACACACAAUUUAUUAUUCUUACAUAAACAUUAUCAAGCUAAUUGUUUAUUGUCAAAUGUUUCUACAUGAGAUAAAAUUGAGAAAUUCA